AUGGAUCAUAUUUCAAAAUCUAAAUUCAACAAAAAUUUUAUAUUUCGUCCUUUCAAAAAAACGUUUUAUAAAAGAUCAAAUAUAAACCCAAUAUUGAUUGGUAAGCUCAGAAGUCUAUGUAAUUCUUUAACUGCGGCCGAAUUUACGCAAUGUUGGAAAAACUAUGAUAAAGAUAAUAAUGGAUUUUUGGAAGGUGAACAAAUUAAUAGUUUUUUGCUCAAUAUUUUGGACAGCGUCCUUAAGGAACAAAAAACUUCCAAGAGUGAUUUUCAAAAUUUAAGAGAAGAGUUUUUGCGACAAUACGACUCUAACAAUAACAGUAAAAUUGAAUUGUGCGAGAUGGCCGAAAUUAUAAUAUCCGAGGAAAAUUUCUUAUCGAUAUUUCGCAGAAACGAAUCAUCCCUCAACGGAUACGAUUUUAUGAAAAUUUGGAUAAAACAUGCCGGUUAUAAAAAUACGAUGUCAUUAAACGAAAUUCAGGGAUUUUUGUUAGAUCUUUAUCAGAUAAAUAACAAUGACAACAUUCUAAUAGGAAAGAUUGAAGAAUAUGCUAAGCUAUUCAUAAUUUUACUUGACAAAGAUCAAGAUGGAUCAUUGAGCUUCGGGGAACUAUCAAGACUAUUGUUAAAGGAUGAGAACCAUUUGAUUAAAAUAAAAAAUACAUCUAUGCUCAGUUGCAGGGACUUCAAUAAUUUGUUUAACAAUUACGAUAAAGAUAUGGAUGGGACAAUCUCUGGGAACGAAUUAUUAAAUUUUACCCAUGAUAUUCUACAAAAUACCAAUGAAAAUGAGGCUCUCGAGAACCCAAAUGAAUUUGAAAAAUUUUAUAGAUUGUUGCUAAAAUUAUGCGACAAAAAUAAAGAUGGACAAUUUCAGAAAGAAGAAGUGGCCCUAUGGUUAGGUGUAGAAAACAAAUGAAAAUUAUUUUAUUACACUAACACAUAUCCAAGAAAAGUAUAUAAUUCCGGUGGUAAUAUCUAAAAUGCCCUUUAUUGAGAACCCGAAGCUUAUAUUCACACAUUUAUUUGAUAUAUUCUUGAUUACAUUUUAAUUCAAUAAAUUUUUAUUAUAAAUAUGUAUUUUAUAUUAUAUAGCACUCCACAGUUUACACUAGGCUUAUUUAAA